UCUCAUUUACCUGUGGAAAGAGGAAAAAAUCUCAGAUCUGGUUUCCAAAAGAUGGUUUUUUCAAGGAUUUCAUCAAUACUCCUAAGAAGGAGAAACCCAUUUACAUCAAAACCCAUAUCUUCCUUUUCUUCCAUAAGCUCGAUUUCAUCAUCCCCUUCAAACAAUUUUAACCUAACUACCAUCUCAAAAUUCCACCUCCAAAUCUUUUCAAACCCUAGAACUACCGACUUUUUCCAAAUCAGACAAUAUAGUGCCGAAACCCCAAGCCUAAUCGCCCAGGGAAAAAAGAAGCAAAGAAAAAGUCCUGAUCCGAAAAAAAUAAAAUUGGCUCAAUAUAAACGCAAAGUCAUUUUAGCCUAUGAAGCUAUAGACAAGGUUAAAGAGGUGAAAAGCAAUUGCUUAUUAUGGCCGUCUUUUAAGCAGGAAGCCGAACGUGCUAAUGAUGCUGUAAACAAUGCGUUGAAGAAAUUUAACGAGUUAAUGUCAGUAUUGGGCGAUGAUGAAAGAAAUUUAACGGGUAAUUAAUCAAAUGUUAGAUAUGCAAAAGAAAAAAAAUUGGCUGAAUAUGAUCGCAAAGUCAGUUUAGUCUAUGAAGCUAUGGAGAAGGUUGAAUAUUCGAAAAGGAGUUGGGUAACUUGGCCGUCUUAUAAGGGGGAUGCCAAACGUGUAAAUAAUGCUGUAAACAAUGCGUUGAAGAAAUAUUAUGAGGCACUGUCAGUAUUGGGCGAGGAUGAAAGAAAGGAUGUUGAGAAGGCCAACGGGUGGGUAAUUAAUGAAAUGUUAGAUAUGCAAAAGAAAACGAUGAGUGAUGAGCUGAUGAAUUUUGAUGAGGUUCUUAAGAUAUGGAACAAGGCCACUUUUGGAGAGGAGGAUCCGAAAGGAAGUGGAGGCAGUGCAAGUUAUGAGGCACUGUCAGUAUUGGGCGAGGAUGAAAGAAAGGAUGUUGAGAAGGCCAACGGGUGGGUAAUUAAUCAAAUGUUAGAUAUGCAAAAGAACACGAUGAGUGAUGAGCUGAUGAAUUUUGAUGAGGUUCUUAAGAUAUGGAACAAGGCCACUUUUGGAGAUGAGGAUCAGGAGGGAAGUGGAGGCACUGCAUGUUAGGAAAACCAUGAGUGAACAAGCAAUGCUGCAUGACCAACAAACUACACAAACUUUUCUUGGCCCGCCUGAUGCAUAUUUUAUCAUUCCUGAGGUAAGAUCAAGUGGAUUUUAGUUCAUCUUAUAGAUGUAUUUGAAGACUUCAGAAAUGUAUUUGUAAGCAUUUUUCAGACCAAUGUGACAUGUGUUUCGGUAGACAAGAUGCUUUCCUGUAUGUUUUCGUUUCAAAUACUAAUAAUUGUAGAAAUUUGGUUGGUUUAUAAAUUAUUGCAAAACCUUGGUCGGUCUGUUUGAUUUUUGAGUG